AUGAACAGAAGUUCGGUGGAUUUUACCAAGGUAGUGGAAACUUGCAACAGUUUGCAUGGGCUAAUAUCCAUUGGAACAUUAAACUUCCAUUCUCUACCUACAGAAAUUUGUGCCCUUCAGGGUAUUGCGGUGGAUGACCAGAGGUGGAAAUGGCUCGAUCAUGAAUUCCUAAACCAAUGCUACAGAGGUAAUAUUCACCCUGUUUUUAAGGCAUUGACGUUCUUGAUACGUCACAGGUACUUUACUGCAACCUUUAAAGUCUUCCAGGUUUCUGUUUGUGACCGCCUUCUGCCAAUUGCUAUUGCCAAGGUCAGAAUCUAUGCUGUUCCUCUAGAUAUAGAGGGUGCACGUUACAUUCGACAAUGGAGACAGAAAUGGCUGGCUCAGUAUUUGUCAAGGGAAUUUAGGAGCAACUGGCUGGUACUAAUGAAGGUGUUAGACUAUUCUCCUCGGGGAUGGCACGGAUGUUCUCAUCAUUGCACCAUUGAUGACUUUGUCAAUGAUUCGGUACUAAUACUUCCGUUGAACGGUUCAGACAAAUACAUAGAUCCCUUUCUGUGUCCUUCAUCAUUCCAUUUCACUCGCUGGCUGGACCAGCUUCAGUACUUUGUCCCCCAAAAUCGUUCUGAAGAAUCUCUAGACACUGUGGUACUGCGAAUCUACAACAAUGUGGCUGUUCCUGAUAUGUCUGGGUAUAAGAAUAGAGAUUUCAAGAAGAAGCUGGGACUCGCAAGUUCUGGAGAUCUUAUAACUUCACUUAUCAAUGAAUAUCCUUACAAUUCUGCUGUUUUACCUGGGGUCUUGUCCACUCUUUAUCCUUUUCAGGUCAAAUCGCUAUGCAGAAUGCUUGAAAAGGAGACAUUGGUGCAAAACUUGCCGGUCCCCUACUUCAAGAUGAUUGUCUCCCCUUCGGGAAAAGUCUAUUACUUCGACAUGUUCGAUCCGGGCUUCCAUCUGAACCCUGAGCUCUAUACCUCUCCUAGAGGCGGUAUUCUUGCCGAGAAUAUGGGGUUGGGAAAGACACUAAUAUGUCUCAGUCUUAUUUGCGCUACGAAGUUUGAUAUUUCGACUGUUCCUGACAAUUUAAUGCUCUACCACGACCAAAGUGUUCGAGGAAAAGAAAACACUCGCCGUCCAGGAAUGAAAUCGCUUGCAGAUAUUUGUCAGGACACAAUUGGCCAGAACUCUCUCCCAUGGAAAUUUUUUCAAGACGAUUUACCUCAAUCGGUCAUUGAUAAGCUAUCCAGGACUAACGGAUUUUUCCGAAUUGGACUCACUUACUCCGCCAAUCAAUACGGAUUGCGAACAAAAGAGAAACGAAUGGAAGAGGACGAGUAUCAAACACUCUUCAUGAGCAAUUCGACAUUGUUGGUUGUUCCUGAAAACUUGUUUCACCAAUGGAACCACGAAUUGAAUAAGCAUAUUGAACCUUCAUAUUUGAGCAAAUUAUUUGUCUCUGAUCGAUUCAAACAGCCCAUCCACAAUUCUAAUUCCACGUAUACUGACAACAUUCCAGAAAAUGUCGAUCAGCUUAUAACUUAUGAUCUCGUGCUAAUUACUGCUCCACUGUUUGCAAGGUUGAGUAAAAAGAAAAGCUGUACCCUCCGAGACCUAUAUUGGAAACGCUUGAUCAUUGAUGAAGGGCACUCUAUGAGUUCCAAGUCUUCUAACCUCAGCACCUUGUGCAAUUCUAUUUACGCUGAACGUCGCUGGGCUGUCACAGGUACUCCAACCUCUGGUUUGACUAAUUUGUACAUGGAUGAGGAAGAACAAAUCAAGGAACAAAGUGUUGAACAGAGUCCUUCAAAGAAAAAGAGAAAGUAUGUUGUGAAAAGCAAGUUCAACGUUCGGGAUGAUUUGGUGAAGUUGGGCAACUUAGUUAGCUCAUAUUUCAAGGUUGAGCCAUUCCAUUCUCAACCAAAGCUCUGGAAUUCUGCUAUUGUCAAAAAUCUUUCCGAUAGUACAUUUAGCACUGAGUCUAAUCUCAAGAGCUUGCUUGAUUCUCUUAUGGUAAGACAUAAUUUGGCUGAUGUGGAAAGCGACCUAAAGCUUCCACAACUACACCACGAAGCAGUCUUCAUAUCUCCGUCCUACCAUAAUAAGCUAUCCAUAAACCUUUUCACUGCAGUUCUAGCUGUUAAUGCUGUCUCCUCGGAAAGGGAGGGGUCAGAUUACAUGUUUGACCCAUCUAAUAGACAGCAAUUGCGGAGAUUGGUCAAUAAUCUUCAGUUGUCGACUUUUUACUGGACUGGUUUCCAACUCGACGAUGUUAAGACGCUUAUAGGCAUAGCAAAGCAUUGUUUAAAGAAGACAAACCCUGCUGGAGAUCCCUUCUUUGGGAAUAGUGAUCGUGAGCUACUCCAACGGUCAUUAUCAGCUGCAUAUGAGGCCAUUCAUAAUCCCGGGUGGAGAACGGCAAGUAUGCUUCACGAAAUGCAAUAUUUCGUACGAGGACUUCCCUAUCCGUUCAUCAGGACAUAUGGAUUGGGAGUGUUGGAAAGCUUGGGGUUGGGAGUGUUUGGAGCACCACAUUUAGCUGCUAUCCAGGAAUUUUACUACAAGAACAGGUUUAUGGACAUGGAUGACGAGGCGGCUUUGACAGCUAAGCUAGAAAGCGGAUCGCAGAAAUUCUGGGAGAAUUACUGGAACGACUCCGCCCGGAAGGACAAUUCCAAAUUCAAGAAACAGGAGUCCACCCAUGACUUUGAUGUCCACGGACUCAAGGAAGCACUCGAGGAUGAUUUACGUCAAACAAGAGGUGAUUUUAAAAUUUCUCCGUCCAAGUCGUCUUCUGGAUCUCAAGAUUGGAAUUCAACAAGAGAUUCUCUUACCAAUGAAGUUGGGGGAGGACUCAAAAUUACUGGAGAAAAGAAGUUGGUUCACAAUGUAGUCUCUGGGUCAGAUGUCAAGAAGGCGACUAUACUCGGAAGUGCAUCAGCAAAACUCUCUUAUUUGGCCAGUCGACUUGUAGACCACCAGCGUCAGGGAGUGAAGUCUAUUGUAUUUUUCGAGUUUGAAGACAGUGCCUACUACUUGACUGAACUAUUGGACAUUCUUGGUGUAAAUUACAUUCUAUAUGCAACAUUCAUCGGGGCUGGGCAGCGGUCCAACAAUUUGGCGGAUUUUGACAGCCACAACUCCGAGGCUCUCGGCGGGAUCACACUCAUCAUGGACUUGAGGUUGGCAUCACACGGUUUGACCAUCAUCUCUGCUACUCGAGUGUAUUUUUUGAGUCCCGUAUGGCAACGUUCGGUGGAAGCACAGGCGAUCAAAAGAGCACAUAGAAUUGGGCAGACACACGAAGUAUAUGUGGAAACGUUGGUGUUGCGGGACACCUUAGAAGAAGAGAUUUAUAAGCGUCGAGAACGAAACGAGCCUCAACAAGAGAAGUCCGACACCGCACGUCAAUAUGUCAUUGACGAUACGGGAAUGCAGCAGUUCAUUUUGAAGCACAACUUUUUGCCCACAGAAGGUGGAGAGUCUGAAUAUGCAUCGUUCACAGCGCUCGAUUUGAACAGUGGGGAGAAUGAGCAACCGGAUGAAAACGUCGAUUCUUUACUCAGCCAUAAAAGUGUUCAACAGUUGCAAAACCACACAUGGUAUAAGAACUGGAGAAUGUAUUUAUUCAAUCCAGAUAACCUCCAGAAGUUGAAUGCAGCUAAGAAGCAAAAGGCUAGUCUUGAGCAGCUCAACUCCGAGUUGGUGGAGGGAAAACCGGAGAUGGCGUCCAGAAAGAUACCGCAUAAGCAACGAAAGAGGGUUAGGUUCUGA